GCUAAUAAUUUAUCAUUCGACGUUUGAUUGAUGUUUGAUACACAUAUUAUAUUGUACGAUUAUAGAUCGGUGCUAUACCUAAUAUUAUAUGAACGGUUUCUAUAAACGUACAUAUAUAUAAAUAUACAUAUUUAAGCUUUUACCGAAUCAUCGCGAUCGGUGAUUGCCCGGCACCGCGUCCGUUCGCCGCAAUACGGUAGUCGUACGUUUUCGUCGCUAAUUAUCUUAUUAUUGUUAUAUUCUGUCGUUGUGAUUACUAUUGUUUUUCUCGUUUAAAUAUUAUGUUGUUUUCUUCGACAUUAACGAUGUACACAUGACUCUGUAGAAUUCGGCCGGACCAUAAGCGACGUCCGAGUGCCAUCAUCCGUUUAUAAUAGAGAAACACUAUAUUACAAGUUCAGUCCUAACGACCCACCGGCCUCAAUCGGAUCAGCCGGCUUUAUCUGGACGAGCACGCGCCACCAUUGACGUUUUCUAGUGCCCGUCCGUGUGACUUCUGUUUUUCGAUAUUGGUCCUAUGCAUUUUAUAUAACAUAUAAUAAGUAUAGUUUGGGUACGAGUUGCGAGUAUAAUACAGCCGUGAGUAGACAUGAAAAAUCUAUUAUCCAUGCUGUCGUAUACGGCGUCCAAAGGGGACGACCGUCGGCCCAGCUACACGGCGGUGAACAUGGCCGGGGCCGACAAAAGCUCCAGGCGGUUCAGCUACAGCGCCAAUAGGCGAAAGAGCUUGGACCCUGCGGCCGUCCUGGGACGGUCUAUCCUGGAUGGCAAGUUGGUCGAUCCCCGGACAAGAAACACAUGUUUGAUAUCGUUGAUGUUAAUUGGCGUUUCCGCACUUGUUUUGGGUACACUCAUCGCUGUCUUUGACCCGUAUCAUUUAAUCCUAAAAUGGAAACUAGUUAUGGCAGAAGGUGAUGAAGCUUUCAAGAUGUGGAAGACUCCCGACGUACAAAUUCAUCUUAAAGUGUACAUAUUUAACAUAACAAACCGAGAAGAAUUUUUAGCAGGCAAAGAAAAACUUAGAUUUCAAGAAGUCGGUCCAUACGUUUAUCGAGAAAAUAUGGAUCAUAAAAAUCUAACGUUUAAUGACAACAACACAAUGACGACAUCGCCUGUACACCCCCUGACGUGGGUUCCAGAGCUAAACAAGGGCAGAGAAGAUGAUGUUUUGAUUUUACCAAACAUAGCACUAUUGAGUUUUGCCAGUGUCAUGGCGGAGAGUUCAAUGAUCACAAGAAUGGGCGUUAAUCUACUAAUCCACCAGACCAAGUCUGAGCCGUUUAUCAGACAAACAGCCAGGGAGUUCAUGUUUGGUUACGAAAGCGCUUUGGUGACCAUCGGCAACAAAUUUUUACCGUCGUGGAUCGUUUUCGACAAACUGGGUCUCAUCGACAGGAUGUACGAUUUCACUGGAGAUACGUCAACGGUAUACACUGGCCGGGAUGACGUUCGCAAGUCUGGUAUUAUUGAGAACUACAACAGGAACCCGUAUUUGCCUCAAUGGGCGCCGCCUUGUAACGUGGUAACUGGCGCUUCGGACGGUACCAAGUUCCCGUCAAUGAUGAAACCCAACGACACUCCUCUCUUUUUCAGGAAGUCUUUGUGUAGAGCUAUGCCGAUGGUAAGAACCACCAAUCUGACAAUACAAGACGGUCUACCGGUGUACAAAUACGUAUUCAAAAACGGUACCUUGGACAAUGGGGCUGAUAACCCGGACAACAAAUGCUUUUGCCGUAAAAAUAAAUGUUUGAAGCCAGGACUUAUCGACGUCACUGAUUGCUAUUACGGUUUUCCCAUUGCUCUCUCAUACCCUCAUUUCUACAAAUCCGACAAUUCACUGCUGGAAGCCGUGGACGGCUUAAAUCCCGACCAGAAAAAACACGAAACAUACUUUCUUAUAAAUCCCGAAACUGGUUUACCCGUACAACUGUACGUUAGGAUGCAAAUUAACUUGGCUUUAGGUGAUCUGUCCACUAUGGCAAAUACGGAGUCGUGCAGCGAUCAAGUUAUACCGUUGGUCUGGACGGAAAUCGGGUUCGAAAAGCUGCCCACCAGCAUGCUGACCAAGUUCUUCGUGUACCUAAGGGUCGGACCGGUCGUGUUCACCGGGCUCGAGUAUUCACUGCUGGUCGGCGGCGUGGCGUUCAUAGCGCUCACCGUGAUCGCGUCGCUGUACAUACCCGAAGACGACGAGCUCAAGUUCAGACAAUCAUCGGCGUGGCGCCGGGAAAGUCAGACGCUGACCAGGCAACAAGAGUGCGGUGCCGUCACCUCGAGGCGCACGUCGGCUACCGGCGGCAAGGAGAUGAACACCUACUACAACUCCCUAUUAGACGGCGGUGCCGUCACCGACAGACUGAACGCUAGCCUAUGCGAACGGCUGGAAGUCGUCAACGAGACCAUGUCGCCCAGCAGCUGUACGGAAUCAGAAGACGAGGACGACCGGUCCAUGUUGGCAUGACGGAGAGAACAUCAUAGACAAUCACCAUGAUCAUAACGACGACAGAGCAACAGAAGAGCGGCAGUAAAUAAUUUUUAAAAAAGAAGUAUUACUCGUUUUUUCAAUUUUAUAUUUGACGCACUACUUUUUUCGUUAUUACUUUAUUAUACGCGUUUCGACCUCGUCGCGCUGACAUUUGAAAAAACAAAAAAAUAAUCAUAUUUUUGCCAUGUCCGACCGUCAGCCGUCGACAAGCGAAAUAUCAUUAUUGUGAUAUGACCUAAGUACUCUUUUAAGUUUUAUAUAAUAUUAUGUAUAUCGGACGUGUCACGUAAAGCGAUAAAUAACUACUUUUUAUUUUUACUGGUACCUUUUACAUAUAUAUAUGAAUAUGACUUAUCGUUUAUUUAAGUGCUGAUGUUUUGCUGAAAUCUAAUUUAUUUUUACACUUAAGUUAUUUAAAUUGUGAUCUAUAUUUUAUACGUCGCGUAUUUUUAUAUUUUUUAAUAUGCAUAUCGGCUGUCUAUACAUCAGUUAUCGUAAAAAUCAUACGUAUACAUUUAUAUAUAUAUAUUUUUAUUUUUAUUUUACACAUACAUAUUUUAUGUUUUUUUACCUAUACACAGAUACCUAUACAUAUUUUAUGUUUUUUUUACCUAUACACAGAUAUUUGUCAAUAUUGUAUAGCAACUAACGUUUCUGUCUGGAACUAUAUUAUAUUAUAUUAUAUUAUUAUAUUAUUAUUUAUUCUAUUUUUACGCACCACUAAAUUAAUAAUGGUAUUCUAAGGCUGUUUUUAGACUGUACAUUUCGUGCCAAAAUUGAAUUUUUUGUUUCGUUCGCAAGAAUAAAUAUUAGUUAUAAAAGGAGAAAUAUUUUUAUUCUCCGCAAGUGUAAAUACUAUGUUAAUUAUUGUAUAAUUGACUCGAUUCAUUAAAGUUUAAAAAUAAACCUUACAUCGUA